UCGCUGCGGGUUUAGAAGAAGGACGCCUUCAUCUCUUGGGCUUGAGCAGCACGCACAUCCUAGUCCUACACAGAUCUGAUUGCCUCAAGAUGCAGAGAUUCUUGUCCGGCCGCGUCCUGGAACAAACUCGUCAUCAGAUAAUUAGCCGACGCUUUCUCACUCUUGUUCCAUCUCUCUCUCACCCUGUUCCUGUUCCUCUUUCUGUUGCCACUUCCUCUCUUCCCGUCACUUUUGACAACAUCAAUCCCAAGAAGGUUCUUGGAACAUGGCACUCCAGGUUCACAAUUCCAGCAACAGUGAAUCGUGUCAGAGAGAUCCACAAGAGUUCGGUCAGCGAUAAUAACCCGAAAAGUACAAAGAGUUCGGUCAGCGAUACCCCGAAAAAAACAAAGAGUUCGGUCAGCAAUACCCCGAAAAAAACAAAGACUUCGGUCAGCAGUACCCCGAAAAGAGCAAAGACUUCGGUCAACCAUUUCCCGAAAAGAUCAAAGUUUCAGAAACACCAUCGAGGAAGAUUUAGUAGAGGAAUAGCUCCCUGUGGGAAUCUUACUGGUAGCUAUGCUCUUCAAACACUUGAACCCGGUUGGAUCACAUCUAGACAAAUAGAAGCUGGGCGACGAGCAAUGAUACAACAUAUACAACGCGGUCAAAAAGUCCUAGUACGUAUAUUUGCUGACAAAUCAGUUACGGCAAGACCAACUGAGACGCGUAUGGGUCGUGGGAAAGGAGCCCCAGCGUUUUGGGUAGCUGUGGUUAAACCAGGUAAAGUUAUUUACGAAAUGGGUGGUGUAUCCGAGUUAAUAGCCAGGAAAGCUAUUAAAAUAGCAGCAUCGAAGUUGCCUCUUAAAACCCACUUCAUUACUUCUAGAUAAGUCUAUAGGAGGAGGAGCUAUAGUAAUUUGCAGCUAUGCUUAUGUUGCUGUAAUCAAGGUUCACUUUUACAUUCACAAUCUGCUCAAAUUUUAAUAUCAAAACACUCAUCUACAAAUGAUGUUUGUAAUCUUUUUUGUUUUCACUAUUUCGUCUCCGUAGAUGGUUAUUUCUUCAGUAAGUUGUACCAUUUCUUUAUUGGAUUCCGGUUAAGCAUCGUAGGCUUUUCUGUUUCAUCGGUACUUGUUGUUACACACUUUGUUUCUAGUUCUUCAAGCAGCAUCUUAAAACCU